AUGGCUGUACUAGAGGCAGAGGCAGCCCCUGUGCCCCGAAAGUGGUACCAUUGGUAUUCUCCGGAUGAUACUCCAGAGGAAAGGAAGCUGAUAUUGAAAUUGGAUCUCUUGAUUGUUCCGUAUGCAUUCGUUGUUUACUGGAUCAAAUACAUUGACCAAGGGAACAUUAACAAUGCAUAUGUAUCAGGAAUGUCUGAGGAGCUCGGCUUCAAUGGGAAUGAGCUAGUGCAUUUCCAGACCAUCUUCACAGUGGGCAAUGUCGUUGCACUUCUGCCCUUUGUAUAUCUCUUCCCUCGGGUGCCGAUGCACUACCUGGUGCCCACUCUGGAUCUUCUUUGGGGAAUUUUCACUCUGCUGCAGUACCGAGCUACCAGCUAUUCAGAAAUUAUGGCUUAUAGAUUCAUGGUUGCAAUAUUCGAGGCAUCUUACUUCCCCGGUGUGCACUUCGUCCUAGGAUCCUGGUAUAAAAGCAACGAGAUUGGACGACGAGGGGGCGCCUUCUACGUCGGUCUCACUCUCGGCCUUCUCACCGCGAGUCUCCUCCAAAGUGCAACACUCGAAUACCUCGAUGGGGUGAAUGGACUAGCGGGAUGGCGAUGGCUGUUCAUCAUCAACGCCAUCAUCACAAUUCCCAUGGCGAUUAUCGGCUACUUUAUCUACCCUGGCACAAUUGAUAAGCCUAACCGUCUGGUGGUUUCACAACGAGAUCUAGAUAUUGCACGCGCCCGGCUAGAAAGACAGGGAUCCCAAGUGAAAAGCUCACCAUUCUCACUGGAGCUAGCCAAAAGGAUCUUCACGACAAAGCGAUUCUGGCUGAUACUCAUCUGGGAUGGAUUCUUCUUCAAUUCCAGCGCCAACGCAGCGUCCUUCUUGCUUUGGUUGAAGAGUCUACAUCGCUAUACGGCAGCCAAGCAAAACGAACUCAACUCAAUCAGUCCGGCACUGGGUAUCUUCUUUGUACUUUUUAUCAACGUGAGCACCGACUUGUGGUUAAACCGCGCCUGGGCUAUCACUCUUGCCUCGUGCAUCAACUUUACAGGACUGGUCAUUUUGGCUAUCUGGAAUGUGCCCGAAGGGGCCAAAUGGUUUGCUUACAGCGUGCAAUACUCGGCAGUCGCGGUAUCUUCGGUACUUUAUGGGUGGAUCAACGUGCUUUACCGAGACAAUGUCGAGGAGCGCGCAGUCGUGCUUGUUUUGGCUACUGCCAUAUCUACCAUGUGGACAUGUUGGAUUCCACUUUUCACAUACCCCACUGUGGAGGGCCCUCGAUUUGCAAAGGGAUAUGUCUUUUCGGCCGUCAUGACUGUCUGUUUAGUGGCUAUGAGUUUUGUCAUUCGCUAUAUCUAUGGCCCAAACGGGUGA